AUGGCAGAAAGAAAUCUAUCUAGCACAAAAGAAGUAAACGCCAAUUCUGUUGCCCUCUACAUUGAAAAUCCUCUGAAGAGUAAGAAGAAGGUCCUAUCUGAAAAUCAACGCUUUGGUAUUGUUACGCAAAGCACUAAUCGCCUUCUUCAUAUGGUAAAGGGUUGUGGUGGCAAACAAUUUGCCCUCAGACAGGCUGCAUUAGAGAAGAUUGAAGAAAUCUGGGCUAGAGGGAAGGAAAUCAGAGUUCUAGAAGAGGAUAACGUAACAAUUGUUGAUGGAGAUGAAAAUGUUAAUCGUGCGGCCGGCCAUAAUUGCAAUUCUUCAGAAAGCAAUCAAGUUCAACAUGAAAAUUUGAACUGUCCUACAACUGAGCCCACAACUGAGAGUCCAAAUCGGAAUGUAAAUUCAUGUGUGCAGUACAAGCACCUGGACGCAAAGAUGCGGAGCACACUCACCUUGCCUAUUGGUCAUGUUCCUAAAAGGAGGCCCAAGGGUAAAGAGAGGACGUCAGUCAUCGGUCUCAAGAAACAAGAUCAGGAUUAUUAUAGGGAUUUGCUUCGAUCUAGGGUCAAGAAAGAUUCAGAAACAUUCCAACAAUAUUCUCAGAGUGUCCUUACAUUGUGCCGCAAAGCAAAAAUACUCGAUGACAAAGAGAAAAUAAACCACAUUCAUAAGGGGCUCCCAUUGCACCUUGUCACUUCCAUAAAUCCAGAUGAUUUUGUUGGUGUUAACGCUGUCAAUGAUUUCAUAACCAAAGUUCAGACUCUUUACAAAGCACAUAAAGCUAGUGUACGGGCUCAUUCAUUGAAAGCUUUUGAAAAUUUUUCCUCGCCGCAUCUUUCUAACGUUCUGCCUGGUCAGUUGUCAGUGCCAACGCCAGCCGAUUUAACUCAGCCAAUAAUAAAAUCUGAACCAAAUGCUCUCCCUUCAAUCUCUGGAACCUCCGCGCCUGUCGUUAAAACGGAACCUUUACCCAAUGCAAGCGCGGCUAUUAUUGAUACUCUCGUUUCUAAAUUAAGUGCCUUGGUUGACCCUCCUAAGCCCAAACCGCCUUCAAAAGAGGAGGCUUCCGUUGCUGCUUUGGAUAAUAUAAUUUCCAAACUUGCAACCAUGGUGCAACCUGCUGGCGUCCAUGCUGUUUCUUGCAAUGGCGGCUCUGAAUCCCGUGAACCCCGUUCCCGUGACGGUAGCUCCGAUCGUAAAAAUUUGGCUCGCGGUGACGACCGCAAUGGCCGCCCUGCUUAUCAGCCCUCUCGUUCCAACCAGGGUCGUUAUGAUGGCAACAGGAACUCUGACUCACGUCGAAACAAUUACAAUAACAAUUACAACAAUCAAAAUUACAACAAACAAAACAAUUACAACAGAAAUUUUGACAAUAAUUCUAACAAUUAUAAUCGCAAUUUUGACAAUAAUCGCUAUCGCCGUUAUGAUAAUGGUUAUCAAAACAACAUGAAUCGUUAUAACAACAAUCGCCAAGGUCAAUACAACCAACGCAAUUAUAGCAACAAUUACAACAAUGAACAACGCUCACAAGAUGCUCGUUUUUACAACCAGUCUUCUAAUAACAAUAAUAGCAACAAUAACCAACAACCUCGUAGGAGCUCCCUUACUAACCCUAGUUAUAGAAAUCGCCAAACUCCAGAAAAUUAUUCAGUUCCUGAAUUUUCUCGUCGAGCCAACGAAUCUGAUAUGCGUCUGUUCCAUUGCUACGGAGACAUUGUUUCUUCUCCACCAACACAUGCCAUAUGUCAGGCAAUUUCGCAAUGUGCUCAGACUUCACGAGGUCUUGCGAAGUAUCUCGAAGAUAUCUUUCGUAUGCGGGACGAAAUCCGUGCAAAAUAUAGACCAAUCCCUUCAGUUGUGCCUAUUUGUCGCAAUGGACGUCUUAUUCUCAAUGUUGUAACAAAACAGUUUGCUAGACAUAAACCAACAGACAAAAUGGUCUUUGAUAGCCUAGUUGCACUAAAAGAAUAUGUUGUACUGUAUAAAAUUACCCAUCUUGCUUUCCCUGAAUAUAGCUGUGGCCUUGAUAAGUUUUCAAUUGAUAAAUUGCUUCAUUAUCUGGAAAUUAUUUUUGGUCAAGUUGAUGUUGAAAUAGUCAUGUAUCAUUGGUAG